AUGCCAGAGAAAGAACACCAAGACCCACGAUUUAGAAAAUAUGUACAACUUAUUGAACGAAACUUACAAUCCUUUGAUGCUGUGAAUGAAUGGGCUGAUAUCAUCUCAUUUCUUGGAAGACUAUUGAAGUCUUUUCAAGCCUAUCCUCAAUUCCAAGUUAUACCUCACAAACAAAUUGUUUCAAAACGAUUAGCUCAAUGUUUAAAUCCUGGAUUCCCUGCUGGUGUACAUCAAAAAACCUUGGAAGUAUAUGCUUAUAUAUUAGAAACUAUUGGUAGACAACAACUGGCUGAAGAUUUACCAUUAUGGUCGGUUGGAUUGUUCCCAUUUAUACAAUAUGCUGCUACUCAUGUCAAGCCUCAACUAUUAACUUUAUUCGAAAAAUAUUAUUAUCCUCUUGGUGUGAAAUUACGGCCAGCGAUGCGCGGAUUUAUUAUUGCACUUUUACCAGCUUUAGAAGAGGAAGGAAGUGAAGGUUUUGACAAGGUAGUGACAAUGUUGGAUCGACUCUCGAAUAUAGUGGAAUUACCAUUUUUCUACUCUUGUAUAUGGUUGAUCAUGAUCAACAAUAACAAUUUGCGAUUGGCUACACUCAACUACCUAUUACGACGUUUACCGAAAAUCGUUAAUACUGAAGAUGUGGCUUUAGUAUUGGGUGGACCUGAAAAUAUUGGAUUAAUGGUACGUGCAUUCUCAACGACAUUGAUGGAUCAACAAUUACUUGUUCAACGUGGCAUGUUGGAAUUGUUGGUGCAAAAUUAUGUUUUACAACACAGAACACUGCGGCACGAUGAUCUAGUGAUCUUGACACGUUCCGCUUUAUCGAUUGUUUUACGGAAAGACAUGUCACUCAAUCGUCGAUUAUAUGCUUGGCUAUUAGGACAGGAUACAACAUCACAAUCACAACUCCAAUACUUCCAUCGUUAUGCAGAGAAACCAGCAACCCAGGCUAUCAAGAGUUUAUUUUUUACAACAUCUUACGAUAAACACAUGGUGGAGGAUGAUAUGGGUAUUUACAACAAAGAUGUAUCCUCGGUAGUAACUGAUGCACAGAAACCAUACAAGAUCUUGAUUUCUUUACUGGAUAAAUGGGAAAUUGGUCAACCUAUUGUGAACAACAUAUUUAUCGAUUCUUUGAUUAGUCUUCAAGGGUAUGACGAACAUGGAUCAGUGGAGCAAGAGAUCUUACAAACAGCAAAUAUGUGGAUGGAAAUGAUCGAGCCCUAUUUGAUAUGGGGAAAGCUAUUCAAUAUUAUUGACAUUUCAUUCCCUCCUCUAUCCAAAGCAUCAUCAUCCAAAUUUGGUCAACCAUCAAGAAAAACUGGACUCAAAUUGGUCGAAUUUACUCUGGGAUCUUUCAAAUUUACCGAUGAAGAAAUCAAACAUAUGCAUUUACCUCUUGUUUUGGAAUCCAUACGACAUGUCUCCUUUACUGGAAUACUCAAUCAUGUGAUUCAAUGCAUCGAUAUUAUUCUCAUCAUCUUGAAGCAAUUGCCGGAUUCUGUAUUUAUGGAUCGACAACGAAAACUAUCGACACCGGUUGGUGAAAACUCAUCCCUAUCAAUAACAUCACCGGAUUACCAAAAGGAAUUCAAAACGGGUAUGGAUGCUUUAGAAUAUGCACGCGAUUUUUAUGGUAUAAAGCAACGUAUUGGUGACACCAAACAACAUAGUAUCAAAGAUGGAGAUAGUGACAACACAGCUACAAGUACAACAAGCAUGGUAUCAUCUAACAACAAAUCAACAACAAUGGAAAAUGAAGAACAAGAAGAUGAAGGCGAUCUUACAAGUCAAAGGACAUCGACGAUUACAUUGGAUGACGAAACAAUUGCUGCAGUCACCAAACCUUCUUAUGGACCGAUACGAGGAUCAACUUUGAUGAAUGAAAUAACAAGAAAUUUGGUUCGAUUUUUGGCAGAAUUGGUCAACAAUUAUGUGGUAGCCCCAGAAAACAAUAUGAAUACAAAUGGUCAUCAAGUUAAACAAAUCUUGAACAAAUUAUGGAUAUUUCUUGGACCAUCCACUCAAUUAUUACAUAUGCGAACGGUAGAACUAUUAUGGUUAUUGACAGAUACAUCUGUUGCACAUCAUGUGGAGGCAAUUAUGGCAAGUUAUUUGAUUAUUAAAGAUGAUCAAGAACGGAUGGUCAAUUAUGAAAAGUUUGGUAUUUUCUGGGAACUAUCUGAAAACAUGGUGGAAGUCUCAACAUUAUUCUCGCGACCUAUGUUCUUAAUGUUGGAUUUGUUACGUGAUGAUACUAGCCCUGUGAAUCGUCGUGCUGCGGAAACUUGGAUUAGAUGUCACUUGAAAAGUUAUGCUCGACUCUUGGAACCUUUUAUUACCACAUUAUUGAAUCGAUAUAUCAUUCGUCGGUCAACGGAAAAAAGGAUACCUUAUGUUUAUCAAUCGGUUUUCCCUCCUCAACAACAAGACGAUAUCUAUUUUACAGUUCCUUACUUUUUAUAUAUGCGUUCAUUUGAUAUGGAUAUUGUGGAUUACAUGCUGACGACUUUGACAACACUUAUUCAAUUCGGUGGUGUUGGUGUAUUGAAGGCAUGUAGCAAUUAUACAAUUGGUGAUGCUGGAUUAAUGCCUUUAUUGAUUGAAUCUGGUCUUGAUCAUCCAAAUUUGAAUUUUUUGGAACUUUUGGUACAUAUUGCAAUUAGAUUUCUGGAGUCUGAACCUUGUGACAAACUCUAUUCCAAGAUAAUCAAGCCUGUGCGUCAAAUACAGCUACAUGCAUCGGAUCUACUCUAUCUCAUCAUCUCUAAACUUGAUUAUGUUGAUAUGACGAUAACAAGUCUUAUUCAAAAAAGCGUAUUACAAAAGUUACUCUUUUGCAUCUCAUCAGGUGAUCUCGAUAUUCAACCCAAACUAUUACAUCUUUUACAUGCGACAAUGUCAAUCACAGCAGCUGAUAACAUGUCACCUUCACCAUUAUCUAAUGCAUCAUCCAUGUCAUCAUUAUCUUCUCCAUCUCAACAACAACGACGUCGUCGCGAAAGUAUCUCAACAACUUAUCAGGUACAACAAGAAGCUUUGAAAUUGGCACGAUCGACGGCCAACCUUUAUGUCAAAUGUGUUCUUGAUGCUUUUCACACUGCCAACAAUCGACCUCUACUUUUACAAUGGAUGGAUUUCGUUCUUGUUACGUUGCCACAUGUUCGACAAGGAUUUCGUCAAGUGGUUGUGCCUAUUCUGAUAUGCCUUUGUCAACAAGUUAAUCUUUGUAAUGUAACAGUGCGACUACUUAUGCAUGGGGACAACACAGAUAACGUACAAGUGGAUGACGGGACUCAUGUUAAUGGUCUAAACUGGAAAUACUUGAAUGAUAUGGAUGAAAAGGUUACAGACGAUGAUGAAUCAAGCGAUGGACGAAAUGAUGCUUCAACUACAAAACCUUUGAUACAAGAACGCAGUGCUAUUAUUGCUACCGGAACAAUAAACGAAACGAUGGAUUCUUCUUCAAACAUCAGUGACAAGUCUAAACCACGCAAUGCAUUAUUAUAUCAUUUACCAAUCAUACUUCAUAUUCUUUUGGAUGUAUGGCGAGUAUUUCGACAGCCUACUUGGGAUCAAAGUACCGUGGAUGUCAUUGGUUUUGCCAAAAAGGAUGCAGUAUUACAAUCAUUUGCCUAUGCUGCAGAUCAUGUCAAGGCGAGACUGGAAACGACAUUCGAAAUAUUAUACAAACAUUGUCCUGUGGAAGUCAUUGAAGGAUUUGUCGAGCUCUUUUUUAUGGAGAAUCCAAUUGCUUUGGAAUAUGAAGUAAUAUUGACAUGUAUACCUACCAAUACUCCUCAACAAACCAUGACGAUAUUAUUGGAUAGUAUUCGACAACGAACACCUGGUAUACCACCAUCACAUCGAAAACGACCUAUUUCACGAAUUGGAAAAUUGACGGAUACCUCAUUACUUCGAUUUGCGGAAAUCUAUUGUCAAGAAAUGGUCAGACCAGAAAUAGCAUGUACUUUAUGGCCUUCAAUAUACACGUUUGCCAAAGAAUAUCUGUCUCAAGCCUCAGCGUACAAGAUGUUUUUACCGGGACUACUACGAUUUUUGACAGUGGCAUUGGAUGGAUUUAUACGAUUCUCAGAGGAUAAAAAGGCUCGCAAGGAUGCACAAGACCUUUAUCAAAGAUGUGUGGAUUACUGUAUUUUAAUUGCGGGACGAUCAUUUGAUCAAGGACUUUGGCUUCGUGGACUCGGCACUGAGUUAUUUUUUGAUACCGGUACUGGUUUCAUACAUGAUGGUGGUGUUCCUCGAAAUUUAUCGACAAGUACAGUAUCUGAUUUGGAAAAGAAAGCAAGUUGGAAAUCUCGAGAAGACUUUUUGAUCAUACAACUCAAUCAUUAUCUUGCUAUUCAUGUGAUUCCUCAAUUACGUCAACUCAUGGGUGAUCAAGAUCGUAUCAACUCGUUACUGAACAAUUUAGUUUAUUAUGUGAUUGGACCUCAUCUUCGAUCAAGAACAACUAUUGGAUUAUUGCAUGGCGGCGCAGUCAUAGUGGAUCAAGUGGUUGAAAUGGCCAAAAUGCCGUUUACCUACAAGACAUGGAGAAAAGAAGUAUGGGAUGUAUUCAAUGAAGGACGAUUCUUUUAUAUGACAAGAACAACGGCGAAGAAAUGGUGCAAGAUUUUGGCGACUAUGUUUAGCUUGGAAAAGGAUCGAUUUAUGGAACUAAUGGGCAAGAUUACGACAUCAGCAACCGUCAAUAACAGUGCAUUCUUCACAACAAAUAAGGAUCAAGAAACCUGGCAAAGAGCAUUACAUUUACGUCGAGUAUCUUUUGUGAUCUUUGCAGGUACCAUGGAUCAAUUUGUGCCACAACUUCCUUCGUUGCAAGAAAAAAUCGUGGAUCUACUUAAACUCGAUCAUAGUGAAAUGGUACAUGUAGAAAUCUAUCUUUGUCUUCGGAUCUUAUUACUUCGUUUCUCUCAAAAACAUUUGAUUAACUUUUGGCCUGUAUUGAUCUCUGAAUUGAUGCGAUUAUUCAAUGCAGUAUUAGCGAAUGCAAGUCAUGAUCGACCUGAAGAAGCACAGAUCGCAUUAGGUGGAUGUAAAUUUUUGGAUUUACUUUGUACUUUGGAAUUAGAUUCUUUUCAAGUUUACCAAUGGAUAUUUAUUCGUGACACUGUGGAGGCUCUGAUUCAACGUGAACAACAACCUAAAACGACGGAUAUGACACCAACAAUGAUGGAUCAACUUGAAGACAAGAUAGAAGAUAUUUCAAGAACAACAAACAACAAUGCUAAGACAAUGCUUAUGGAACAGGAAGGUGUCACAACGAUGAAGACACAACAUACCACAACGUUGCCAUCCAGCGGGGAAUUGAAACGACCAAUGUUGACGAUGCACAAUAUAGGAUCUAUAUUACAACUAGAUUUUUUUAUACACCAUAUUAGUUUAUAUGUAUAUCAAUCAUCGUAUAUGCUUGCCAAACCGGAUCUCUACUUUAUCGAAAGUUUAUUAUUACAAGAUCUUUUGGAUGGAGAUAUGCGGACGGAAUAA